AUGGCAGGUGGGUCUUUCACAACUGGUGCUGUGAGCAAGGAGAGGGCAGAACAAUACAAGGGAAGAGUCACCCCUUAUGUCAUCAUCGCUUGCAUUGUUGCUGCCACAGGAGGGUCUCUCUUUGGCUAUGAUAUUGGGAUUUCAGGUGGGGUUACAUCUAUGGAUGACUUUCUAAAGGAGUUCUUCCCCGAAGUAUACAGACAGAAAUUGCAUGCACAUGAAAAUAACUACUGCAAGUACGACAAUCAGGGUCUUGCAGCAUUUACCUCUUCUCUGUACAUUGCUGGUUUAAUUGCAUCCCUGAUGGCAUCUCCUGUGACAAGAAAGUACGGACGUCGAGCAAGUAUCAUAGGUGGUGGUAUCAGCUUUCUUAUUGGAUCAGCUCUGAAUGCUUCAGCUAUUAACCUGACAAUGCUGAUAUUAGGACGGGUCAUGCUUGGUGUUGGCAUUGGAUUUGGAAAUCAGGCUAUUCCGCUUUAUUUGUCAGAGAUGGCACCAACACACCUUCGAGGUGGCCUGAACAUGUUGUUUCAAGUUGCAACCACUCUAGGGAUUUUCACAGCUAACAUGGUCAAUUAUGGAACACAAAAUAUCAAGCCUUGGGGUUGGAGGCUGUCCCUGGGCUUGGCUGCAGUACCUGCUCUUUUGAUGACCGUUGGAGGGAUAUUUCUUCCUGACACUCCAAAUAGCUUAAUCGAACGAGGAUUGAUGGACAAAGGAAGGAAGCUGCUAGAAAAAAUCAGAGGAACCAAGGAGGUUGAUGCAGAGUUCCAAGAUAUGGUUGAUGCAAGCCAGUUGGCGAACUCAAUAAAGCAUCCAUUUCGUAACAUCCUUGAAAGAAGGUACAGGCCAGAGUUGGUGAUGGCAAUCUUCAUGCCUACCUUUCAGAUCCUCACUGGCAUAAAUUCCAUUCUCUUCUAUGCUCCAGUGCUGUUUCAAAGCAUGGGAUUUGGAGGAGAUGCUUCACUCAUCUCUUCAGCCUUGACUGGUGGAGUUCUUGCUGGUUCAACAUUCAUUUCCAUAGCAACGGUAGAUAAGUUGGGCAGGAGAGUUCUUCUUCUUAGUGGCGGAGUACAGAUGAUCACAUGCCAGGUUCUAGUGGCCAUUAUUUUAGGGGUCAAGUUUGGAGCAGACCAAGAAUUGACAAAAGGAUUUUCAAUUUUGGUGGUUGUGGUGAUUUGCCUAUUUGUUGUUGCUUUCGGCUGGUCAUGGGGCCCACUUGGGUGGACAGUCCCAAGUGAGAUAUUUCCAUUGGAAAUCAGAUCGGCAGGGCAGGGCAUCACGGUUGCUGUAAACCUUCUGUUCACUUUCAUAAUUGCCCAGGCCUUCCUUGCCCUUCUCUGCGCAUUCAAGUUUGGGAUCUUCCUCUUCUUUGCAGGCUGGAUUACCGUCAUGACCAUAUUUGUUUAUUUGUUCCUACCUGAAACCAAGGGGAUUCCCAUUGAAGAGAUGUCAUUUAUGUGGAGGAGGCACUGGUUCUGGAAAAGGAUAUGUCUCAACUGA